AUGACAAGCUUGCGGCAGACAGAAAGCCUCUAUGCUAUCUUCGUGCAUGCUGGCGCUGGCUAUCAUUCGCACGAGAACGAGGAUAUGCAUCUCGAGGCCUGCAGACAGGCGAUCGAAGCUGGAAUGAGCCUGCUGCGAAAUGGAGCCACUGCGGUCGAUGCCGUGGAAAUGGCCAUCAUGACCUUGGAGGAUACGCCUGUUACGAAUGCGGGCUAUGGUAGUAAUCUGAAUGCUCUUGGUGAAGUUGAAGGCGAUGCCUCGAUUGUCGACCAUUUCGGACGCAGCGGUGCAUGCGGAGCAGUUCCCACUGUCAAGAACCCCAUCAUGCUAGCUCGCAAGAUCUAUGACCAAGCGUACCGUAACCCUGGACUAGCUCGAGUGCCACCAAACUUUCUCGUGGGCCAGGGAGCUGCUGACUUUGCCUGGGACAAUGGUGUCCUUCUUACCGUUCCGGAACAUCUCAUCGCUCCUGGACCCCGGGCUCGGUACGAGAUGUGGUGCAAAGAUAUCGCUGCCUAUGAAGCUAAGCACCCAGAGAAGAGCAAGCGAAACCCUUUUCUCGCAUGGGUUUGCCGUCCCAGCGUCUGUCCCACGAGCCAAACUACCGUCGUCGAAAGUGGAAUAGAAAAAAAUGUUCGCACAGCAGAUGACACGACACAGGUACACCAGAGUGAUUAUGUUCGGUUUGAGCAUAUCGAGGGCGCAGAUUCUACAGAUGGUCAUCGCACGACGUUUCAUUCUGAAACCACUCCAGAGACCACCCACACAGGCCCCAGUGGCACUCGCUUCGGUCUUGAACAAUCUGUCCACCCUGGAUCUUCUGUGCUUCCCCCUACUAACUUCCACGAGGACGCAGAACACUCUCGGCUUGACAAUAUCCAUCAGCAUGACCCACGACUCGAUUUUCCAGCUGGCUACGGAUCCAGCCUUCGAGCGGAGCUUGGGGAUUCAAACAGCCUGAAUGGCACCGAAGAACGUCCCUCUGAGAAGGAAGAUUCCAUCACGGACACUGUUGGAGUCAUCGCGGUUGAUAAAUAUGGUAACAUCGCCGCGGGAUCCUCCUCCGGAGGCAUCGGCAUGAAGCAUCGGGGCAGAGUUGGUCCGGCUGCAUUGAUCGGUAUUGGCACCCAUGUGACUCCUGUUGAUCCAACUGAUUCCGAAAAAGCCACCGUGGCUGUGUGUACAUCUGGCACUGGCGAGCAUAUCUCGUCUACAUUCGCCGCCAGUACGUGUGCCAAUCGUGUUUACUACGCUCAACGCAAAGACCGCAAUGGACGUCUUGUAAACGUGAGCGAGGAGGAGGCUAUUACCGAAAUGAUCAAGAACGAAUUUGCGCGUCAUCCUGCUGUGAUCAAUAGCGACAUCGGCGGUUCGAUCGGUAUCAUGUGUGUCAAGAAGACUAUCGAUGGCAUCGCUCUCUUCUUCGCUCAUAACAGCGACUCUUUUGCGGUUGCAUCCAUGUCAAGCUGCGAUGAGCAGCCUUCUUGUAUCAUGUCUCGAAUCACACGAUCCGGAGCUACUGCUCUUGGAGGAACAUACUUCCAGUAUCCCGACAUAAAUGUCUUGCCGGCAGGCGGCGGAAUAAGGUUUGGCACUUCUCGCCCGCUGAAUCUCGAUCUACAAAUGCUAGCUCGAUUGCCGCUGUGGGUGUUGGAGACCGCCAGCAGCAUUGUGGGUGUUCUUUAUGUGCUUUCCUGGGCGAUUCCCUAUUAG